AUGAGAUUCCACAGGCCAGCGACGGCCCUGCGAGCCAGAGAUCAUGGUGUGCAUCAUCGCCACGUCCCUUGUCUUCUGGAUAUAUUGGGGUGGAGAUCAAGGGUUGAUGUCACUUUCACGCAGACGUGGGUCGUGGGCCGGGUCGGAAUCCCAAAUUUUGAUAUUGCCAGUGUGUAUAAUUUCAAGGACUCGGGGGUAUUAGUGCCUACCGCCUUGAAGAGCGCCUGCAUGGCGGAUACAGGGGUGCUUGUGUCGCAGCCAAGGUCGGCAGUGGUUCUCUUUCACCUCUUCAACACCACUGGAUCUUGCUGCUGA